UUGUGAUGGUGGUAGAAUUUUUGCGUCUUUCGUCGGAAUUGCGAUGGCGUUUCGGAGGGCCGCAAUAAAUGUAUUGCUGAGAUUAUUGCCCGAAAAAAAUGACCCGGUCCCUGAGGCCGGAUACAGAGCCGGAUGAUGCUGAGGUGGGAAGCUAAAGCGAUGGAUAAUAUCCAUACAUUGGAUCCCAGAAAGCAAGAACUCUUAGAAGCGAGAUUCAUUGGGAAUAAUCGAAGUCUAGUCAAUUUCAACAUUCAUGCACAGCAGUUGCAGUUACAGCAACAGAUAGUGCAACAAAACUCUCCCAUGAUGACACUUCCAGGAAAUUUGCCUCUUCCAGCUCAAACUUCUUCAUUAGGAAUCAACCAUGCUUCCUCGGGGACCAGUAGCAACAGUAACAUCAACCACAAUCCGGAUUCAAAUCUUAGUGCAGCCAGUUAUGGAUCUCAGCCCAGUGACAAGGAGCUAGAUACACCUGAAAAACAUCAACAUAGGAAUACCUCUGGUACAGAACGAAAAAGGAAAAGAAAAGAUGAUGCUACUAAAACAGCAAGAGAAAAUGCAAAAAAAAUUAAUGAAUAUUUUAAGGGACAUAGCCCUAGUCGAUACGCCGGUUCUAAGUCUCCUACGCCUCAAAGUUACAUGUAUGCUCCUGUACCACAGAACAUAAACUCGCCCUCCAAUACUCCCCUUGGUGCUGGUCUAGAUUACUCGAGCUUGAUGGCUCCACCCCUCUGUCCUUCACAUGCAGUCUACAGGUCAGUGCAGACAGAUCUAACUAUUAACAAAAUCAAAGAGCUUGAGAGCAAGUCUGCUUUGGACCUGGAAAUGCGAGACAACAGAAUAGAGGAACUCCAAAGAGCUAAUGAAGAAUUAAAAAGGCAGCUAGGCGCCCAACAGAAACUAGUAGAAAAGGGUAAAGAGCAGCUACAAAGGUGUCACGAUGUUGCAAAACAGUUACUUAUUGAAAAGUCGUUAAUGGAGAAAAAGGCUUGCCGACAAAAAUGCAUGCAAAAUAGGCUGAGGCUUGGUCAAUUCAUUACUCAGAGACAAGGUGCAUCCUUUGCUGAAAACUGGGUUGACGGCUUUGCCUUCACUGAGUUAAUUAAAAAGCAAGAAACAAUAGCUUUAGAACGAGAAGAAAUAGAAAAGCAACGUAAAUUAUUAGGAAAGAAAAAACCAAAUGCCAAUCAACCGAAAGGCCGAGCAAACAUGAAUUCUGCAUUAGCCAAUGGUGAUUUUAUUAGACCCGAACCCCCCAAAGACAUUCUCAGCUGGUCUGAGUAUUAUGAACAAGAAGAAAUUUUUAAGUUAAGACAAGUUUCCUUGAAGAAAGAGGACACUGAUUUGCAAUUAGAAUUAGAAAAGUUGGAAAGGGAAAGAAAUCUUCAUAUACGAGAAUUAAAACGAAUACAUAACGAAGAUCAAUCUAGAUUCAAUAAUCAUCCAGUAUUACACGAUAGGUAUCUUUUACUAACUUUGUUAGGCAAAGGAGGCUUUAGUGAAGUUCACAAGGCUUUCGAUUUAAAAGAACAAAGGUAUGUUGCUUGUAAAGUUCAUCAAUUAAAUAAGGAUUGGAAGGACGACAAAAAAGCCAAUUAUAUCAAGCAUGCUCUUCGAGAGUACAAUAUCCAUAAGUCACUUGACCAUCCACGUGUUGUAAGAUUGUAUGAUGUUUUUGAAAUAGAUGCCAAUUCGUUUUGUACAGUUUUAGAAUACUGUGAUGGUCAUGACCUUGAUUUCUACCUCAAACAACACAAAAAUAUUCCUGAGCGGGAAGCUAGAUGUAUAAUAAUGCAAGUUGUUCAUGCCCUUAAAUAUUUAAAUGAAAUCAAACCUCCUAUCAUACACUAUGAUCUAAAGCCAGGAAAUAUACUGCUAGGAAGUGGUGAAAUUAAAAUUACAGACUUUGGUUUAAGUAAAAUUAUGGAUGAUGAAAAUUACAGCCCAGAGGUUGGAAUGGAUCUCACAUCUCAAGGUGCUGGUACCUAUUGGUAUCUUCCUCCAGAGUGCUUUGUAGUUGGAAAAACACCUCCCAAAAUAUCAUCUAAAGUUGAUGUAUGGAGUGUUGGUGUAAUAUUCUACCAGUGCCUCUAUGGAAAAAAGCCAUUUGGUCACAAUCAAUCCCAGGCAACUAUACUAGAAGAAAAUACUAUACUCAAAGCAACAGAAGUAGAAUUUCCAGCAAAACCUGCUGUUAGCAGUGAAGCAAAAAAUUUUAUAAGGAGGUGCCUGCAGUAUCGGAAAGAAGAUAGGAUAGAUGUCAUAUCUCUUUCGAGUGAAGACUAUCUGAAACCAAACUACUCCAAACACAGUCGGCAGUCCAAUGCCGUACUGGACAAAACAUAGCCUUUCGAUUGUAGUUACUAAAUUUCUUUUUCAACUGUGUGUAAAUAGAGGGGGCUCUCCGAGCGAAUCGCGAGAGAGAGAGCACCACAGCUCAAGGUUGUCUGCUGCCGAACUGACCGUCUGUCCUCGCUUCCAAGAGAGAGCACACAACCUUGUGCUGGUCAUACUCAUGCUUCAUUCCUUGUUCCUAAAUCACUCGGAGUCUGCCAAGGAAGCGUGCGGAGAAAAUAUAAAGAUGUUGCUGUGAUAGGGUUGUGUGAAUGAACCAACUUGUACUCAUCCACACAUUAUAUAUAUAUAUAUAUAUAAAUAUAUGUAUAAAAAAAAACGAAAACCAUAACUUUGGACUAGGGGGAAUUUUUCAACAAAUUGCAGCAUUUCAGCUUGUGAUUGGACUUGUUUUGUUAUUUCACUGCCGAGCGGUCAUUGCUUCUGGUAGUGUUGUUGUAAGUAGUAUUGUACACAAAUUAAAAGGUAAAGUGCAUGUCUGUGAAUGUGUGUCUGGAAGAAGAGUGUGUUGAUAGUUGAGUGCUAAAAGGUUUCAUAGUGUGGAGUUUUGAAUCAUAUUUAUAAGUUUUGGAGAAAGUCAAAAUAUUCCAUGCUUCCAGAAGUAAUACUAUGAUGGGGCUUUCUACUACUUCCUCCUUCUAAUGCUGUUGUGUACAGUUAAGAUCAUGAUGUCAAGUGAUAAAUUUCCUUGUUGAUGUGAUUGGUCUUGUUGCCGUUUUUUUAAUAGAAAACUUGCUACAUUUAUCUCAUUUAACUAUACAAGUGCUCUUCACAUUUUAAAUUAAUGUAAUUUUUUAUAAAUUUGAAUUAUGAGCUUUUUGUUUUCUGCCUCUUUGUUUUUCUUAGUUUCCUAUUAGAAUAUGUAAUAUUUAUUGAUUGGGGGAAUCUUGUUCCAAGUUCCAAUUUUGUGUUUACUCCCCCUCCCCCCUCUUUUUUAAAUAACAUUAGGUUUUUUUUAUGGUUGUUAUUUGUUAAGUUUUAUUUAUCUUUAAGAAAAUUAUUAUUUUCUUUUUAGUAACCAAUUUUUAAAUUUAAUUCUUUUGAAACCUAUCUUUCUAUUGUAAAAAUUGGCAACCAAGAUUCCUUGUUUAAACAUGAUUUGCUUUAGAAGCUUUUAUUUUCAUCAAAACAAAGAAAUUGUUUCGGCUGUCUAAAAGCUAAACAUUCAUUAGCAGUUGUUUAAAUCAGUGCACUAAUGAUUAAGAAAAGUUUUAAUAUAUAUGUUUUUUAAAACUGUUACUAUUACAGCAGAGUAAUGAAUGAAAACUUUUUAGAAAAAUAUGUUUUCAAUAGUAUAAAACCAUAUGUUUUAAUACCUGUUCCCUAAAUUCAUAAGUUCAUUUCUAAUCAUUUAAGAUUUUCUUUCUUUUCAAAGACUCAAGUAAUUUUUGCUGUUUUUUUUAAAUCUGCAUUGAAUUCUUGCACUUUAAUAAUUUAGAUAUAGUUUGAUUUCUACAAAAUUAUUGAAAAGUUGUUUGUUUUGAAAUAAUUAGGCUUAUAUGAGCCCUAUGCUAUUACCCAUUAUAUUUCUAAUGAAAAUUAAUGCAUUUUUUAAGCUUUUAUGUAUGCUUUUGAAUUUUUUAAAUUUUUAUUGUUGUUUUCAAACACUAAAACUUCUAUUAUAGUACAUGUAUAUAAGGAAAUGAAGUUAUUAAUUAAAUUCAUGUUUUAUCACUGGAGACUCAUUCAUAAUCAAAUUUAACAUUUCUAUUAAACUGAUUAAUCUGUUAACCAUUUACUAAUUUUGUCCCUCAAACCUAUAAUGAAAUAUAUCAGUCUAUUCUAGUAUGGAUUUGAUUUUUUUUUUUUUUUUUUUUUUUUUUUUGGACAAACUUUGACAAUAAGAAAUUUAAAACAUCUUUUCACUUCCUUCAACUGCAGUAUUUUUUUCUGCUUUUGUAGAUUUUUUUUCUUAUCUGUAGAGGUAUGAAAUACAAAUAUUUUUUGAGUGCCCUCAUUAUAUUUUUGCUUCAUCUUAUCAUUUUCUCUUUAGUUUUAACCUAUCCCAUAUCUUUUGACUUUAGAUAAACUUGAUGGUUUGAUAUUAUAAGUUGCCUUGUUAAUCAACAACACAAUAAAUAAAUAAAUAAAAUAAAACUUUUUGGUUACAAAUUAGUCUUUGACUACUGUGUGAAUAUUUGUAUUCUUAAAACUAAGUGUUUCUGCUAGAAAAAUUAACACUUUUUUUUAUUUUCUAUUAAAACAACUCCCAUUUUCUUGAAAACUUUGAAAUUUCUUUCUAAAGAAAAAUUAGAACCUUCUUUUUUGGAGCUUGAGAAAAAUAUUAUUUAUUUUAUCAUAUGCAUUCAAUGAGUUACUGGUAGUACAUGUUAUUGAAUGUUAGUGUAAAUAUUUAUGUUUGUUCACUUCAAAAUGAGUUGUCAACCAUUUGUGUUAAGUUUGAUGUUGCUUUGCAAAAACUAUCAGAGAUGAUUUUACAUUUUUUAAUUUUUUUUUUUUUUUUUUUUUUUUUUUGCAAUUUAGUAUUCUUUUUAGUACGUUUUAUCUUUUCACCAAAAAUGUGCGAUUUAAGUACACUUUAUCGCAAGUUGAGAAUCAUUACAAUAAAGAUGUAAUUGUUAUUUAUUUUGAAUUCUAGUUCUGAAUUAAAAUUCAUAAUCAUGCUUUAAUACUGAUCAUUAAUUUCAAAAAAGAAUAAUAGUUUAACUGGUGAGCAAAAAUUAAAUUGUGCUUGUUUGAUAGAUUGCAGGAAGCAGAACAUUUAUUAUUCAUUUUUUAAGUACCUUUUGUUUUUGUGAAUUUUUAGACUCAUAUUAUAAUAAUUCUUAUUUAUUUAAUGAAUUGUGCUAGAAAUUGAUCUUUUUUUUUCCUUUCUUUCUUUUCUUUUAAUGCAUGAUGGUGACUUGAAAAAAAGAAAAAAACUAAAUAAAUACUGCUAAUUCAUUUUCACUGUUCUUUUUGUUCUGCACUUAUAAUAGAUGUUUCUUUGUAUUACAUUUUCAUUGUAUAUCUAGAUUUCAUCUUUAUUAUAUUAUAUGCUCUCAUCAUCAUUAAAAAUAUUUUCUUAUUAACCAAAUGAUGGUUUCCUAAUCAAUAAAUAUUAAUUAUAAAUUUUAUUGUUUGUAAGAUGUUUUUUGUUUUUGUGUUGAUUUUGUAAAAUUGCUUCAUACUGCCAUUUGUUUGUUCUGGACAAAUAUGUUUUGCAUGCAUGAGAUUAUUAAUUGCAAAACUAUGUUUUCACUCAUGUUUUUUUUUAAUUAAAUAAUACUGUCGGCUCCGCUUAAUCGAAUAUUGUCAGUUCCAGGAAAUAAUAUUUGAUUAAGCAGGGUGUUGAUAAAGCCGGGAAAUUUUCUUUACCUUUCUAAAUUGACAACCUUUGUCUUAAAACGUAAUAAUUAUAAAUCAAUAGCUAUAGAAAAGAAAUAAAUAACGUUAUUUGUAAAACGUUUUAGAAAUAAGCUAAGUAAACAACAAAAUAGUUUACUAAUUUAUUCAUAUAUUAUAAUAAGAAUGAAAAUUAUAAAAAAAACUUUCAACUUGAGUUAUGAAAUGUUUGUCUUGGCACCUUAUUUCAGUACAAUAUUUUUUGAAAAAAAAUCGGUAAAAGUGGAUUGCUUGCUCCAAGGUCUUUUGGAAACCCUUUUCCAAGCCUUUUUCUCCCUUCUCAUCUGCCAUGUUCCACAUUUAAUAUUUUUCAAUUUGUUAUUGUCCGAAAUGUAUAUUUCUUCGUGUUAUUUAAUUAUCGACUGCGCUGUUUAUUGUUUUCUGUAAUGGCAAUGACAAAGGAAAUUAGAAAGAAUAGAAGAACUGUUUUGAUGAAAAAUAGAAGUUUUUUCAAGCCAGUUGAAGGCAAAAAAGUAUUGUUUUAUAUUUUUACUUCAACAAUUGUUUUUACUUAACUUAUUUCUAAUUUAUUCAAAAAAAAUUAUUUGUGAAAGCUGAUAAAUAUUAUUUGAUUAUCUGGGCAAAUUAUUCGAUUAAGCGAGGAAUUGUAACAUUGCAUCUAUCGGGAAAUAUUCGGUUCCGGGAGGUUUUAUUCAUAUAAACGGGGUAUUCAUUUAUCUGUUACCUGAUUAAGCGGAGCUGACAGUAUUUGGAUUAAUUUUUGAUCUUUUGUAAUUUAUUAAGCUAUAAUCGUUGCCAAAAGUUUCAGAAAGUAUGUUUACAAUUGUGGUCAAUUUAUAAACACAGUUCAUAUAUUCCUCUCUUUGUGCAGUUGUAGUUUUUAGUAAACUCUGAAGAGUGAGUUAAAAGGUAUUAAAAAUGGACUUUUUUUCUAUAAUCUUAAAUCAACCAUUAAUAUGAUUAUAGGUCCUGAUAUAAUGACAUUUCGAACCAUAGUAUGUUUUUGAAAUGUCAACAUAUCAUGACAUGAUCAAUAAACAUGUCUGUUGACUAUUUGUUGAAAGUAAAAAAAAAUUAAAAAAAAGACAUAACCAUUUGUGUUAUGAUAUAAGAUUGCAAAGAAACACAACAUUUUUUCAAUACAGUGGAACCUCAGAAAUCUGUGUCCCAGAGGUUUGAAAUUCCAGAUAAUCGGAACAAUUUGUGAAAGCCUAAAAUUAGAUAUGAAAAUAGUUAAAAUCAGUAACUAUGAUUCAAAAGCUAAACUAGUUUGUGUUAUGAUGUAAUAAGCACUUGCUUUGAUAUUAACUUAUAAACAAAAAUUUCUGGGUUACUAAAAGUAACAAGAAUUUAAAUAAGACACAAGUUAACUUCGAACUUUUCAUAAUUUGAACAGGGCCCAUCUCCAAUUAGUUUGCAUUUCUGAGGUUCUACUGUAUGUAUAAGUAAUUAAAAUUCUAAUUGUUAAUUUCAUUAAAAAAAUCUCUUAAAUUUUAAAAUAAUAAUUAAACUGAAGUAACAGUGAAGUGACUGUUUUUUUCACUAUAAAUGAUAUGGUGUACUUAGUGUAAUGAAAUUGUUGGUACUUAAAUUAUGUACUGUUUUUUUUUUUUUUUUCAAUUCAGAUUCUACAAAUAAUUGCAUAUUGUCCUAACUUCCAACUAUCAAAAUUUAAAAUCAACAGUCAAGUGAAAUAUUUUAUGGAAAAACAAUAAAAUGUAUAAUGAAAAAAAAAAGGUUUAAAGUUAGAAAUGUAGUUUACAGUAUAUAUCUUCCUCAUACUUCCUGGUAAUUACAGUUAUGUGUUAAGGUCAAAGCCUUUCAAAACUAAUGUAUAUAAAAUUAUAUUCAUAUAUCUUAUACUUGAUUGCCCACAGAAGUAUAAGAUAGCUUGAAAUUAUUUCAUUGUAUUAUAAAACAUGCAGGUUUUAAAUAUUGUUAGACAUAUUUUUGACUUUUUAUAAACUUAGAGGUUUUAAGUUUUUAAUAUUGAUUUUAUGUCACUUUUGAUUACUAUUUCAUUUUCAAUUCUUCAGUAUUUUCAAUUUAAUGUCAGUAUACUGAAAUGCACACUAGACACAAAUUCAUGACUGAAACUACACUUAAUGUGAUAUUUUCCUUCAUAUUUGUUCUUAUUUCAAAGAUUUUUGCAAUUAAUUAUUGCAUUUUUAUCAAAGUUUUAUCUAUUUUGAAGAAAUUAUUUUCAUUUAAAUUUUUAAUGUUGUUCGAAGCUUUCCAAUAUCAAUUACAAGUCCCAUUUUCAAUUAUUUAUUGUAAGGCAAGAGUGAACGACAGAGCCAUAUAUUGUCGUGGGAAGACAAAGCUCAGUAACUGCAAAUUUUUAAUCUAUUCUAAUAUUCAGCUUUAUUGCAUUGUCUGUUUUCCUUAGCUGAAACCUCCCCGCAAAUUUGGAAUUUUCCACGCAUGCUUCAGUUCUGCUUUGAUUUUAUCGAAACAGGGCUGAAAAGCCAGAAGUAAGGAGGUGCAAAAUACUGUGAUCAGCAGUUCUUCCCAAAUAGUGUCGUGGAAAAAAAAAGUAGAAAGCGUGAGCGGAAAAUGAACAUCCUCAACUUAUUGCCCCUUUUUAAAGUGGAAUCUUUCCCGAGUGCUAGUCUUUCCUUCCAAGAGCAGACAGUACAAGCUUGUUUAUUUGGUUUCCGCGAAAAAUAAAAACCAGAAGAAGCGUUGGAUUCCAACAUUCCCCUAUUGUUAGUAUGCAAUAUAAAACACGCUUCUUUCAAAUAUCUCAAAACCUCAUUUCUUCAGACACUGUGGUUUACCUUCCCUUGACAGUACACAUAUAUGCUCUAGAAUCUUGUUUUUACUAUAAGUAUGAAAUGAUCAAACGUAGAAGAAAUUAACUUUUUUCUAAAAAAUAUUUAUACUGGAAGUGUCAAAGCUACUAUAAUCAUUAAAUUAUUCGCAGUUAACCACUUGCACCGUCGAGAAAUUCAAAGACGCGUAUACCGAAACAAUAACUGCAACUCACUGCUAGAUAUUAAGUGAUCCCAUUGUUUUAGAAGAAUGCAUAAGAGAGAAAAGUGACAUACCAUACAUGUCAUUUUUAUUUCUGUGAUAACUACCUGCCAACUUGUACAGCAUGGUGAUUUUUAUGACAGAAGCAUCGUGUCAUCCGUGACACAUCUUUCCGGCUCAAGUGGUUAGUUGCCGCAACUUCUUUUCCAUUUAUACUCAUUGCUAUACUUAAAAAUAAAAGACAUUGUACUGAUAAUUCCAUUUCAAUUUGAAGCUUUUUACAGGAGUUUCUUUAAGCAAAAAGUAACUUUUUUUUUUUUUUGUCUUAAAAUAAUGUCAGUUUUUCCCAGUUGCAAUUUUUUAUUUAAGUGAUGAAAUGUAUGUUGAAAAAUUCUUUGCUUACUAUUGCCUAAUGUUAUUCUAUCAUUUUUUUAACAUAUAUUAAAAUUUAAAAUACAAUGAACAUUUCCUACUGAAUAGCUAUAAUCAAGUCUCUCGUAAAAAAAUUAAGCUGUACUGCAAUUCAAACUAUUACGUUUUGUUAUUUAAUAAAUUAUGAGGGUUUAAAUUAUUUAUUAUUGUAGAGCUAAUGUCAUGUUCUAAUGCUGUUUUCUAAGCAAAAUAUACAUUCACGUAUGUUAGGUAGAAAGAAAAUUAUGCCCUUUUAGUUAACUUUUAAAUGUCACUGAUAUUGGCUUUAAAUUUCAAGGCAUAAUAUUCUUCAGCUUUCUUAGGGAAACUUUGUUCAGUCCACAUUUACUAUUCAACUUUUUAUUUUUUUUUUUGAGCCCAGUUUUCUUUCUUCUUAAAACAGAAAUAAUGAUGUUUUGCCUGGUUAAAUGUGAAAUUAACAUGGUUUUUCUUUUGAAAAAAAGUAUUGCUCAAAUACAGGUUUUAAAUACUGAGACAAUUAAUAUUGCUCAAUAAAUAGGAAAAUAAUAUUAAUAUUUUGCCAAUUAGUUUUAAUUAUUUUCAUAUUUUGUUAUUUAACUCAAUCUUGAAUUAUAUGAGUUAUUAUUGACAUUUCUCGUACAAGUUCAGCUUUGGUCUUUUGAUUUAAAGUAGAAGUAUGCAUGUGUAUUUUGCUUAUUGAAUAUAAAAUAAUCAAACUGGUACUUUAAGUGAUUCCAAAAGUUUCUUAUGUUAAUUAUAAACUGAUCAAUAUACAAUUCAGUGUUGUGAGAAAUUUCUCUAUUAACAAAUUUUUAUUAACAUUAAACACAAAUUCACAGUGACAAUUGCCCUCACCAAAAGGUGUACACAGGAAUUUUUCAAAAGGGGGGGCGGGAGGGAUCAAAGGUCCACCAUUCUCAUUUAAUACUCCAUCACGCAUCCAAAUAUAUUUUGAUUUUAUCUAUCGUUGGGAGCAAAAGGCAUUUUUAAAAACAUUAUGGAAUAAUUAAUUAGUAUUUGUUAAUAAAAUUAAUUUAUUAAUAACAAACACUUAAUUAAAAUACCAGAAAGUAUAGGAAUGAAUGUAUUUAAUUUUCUCAUAAUUGAAAAUCAAAACAGCGUAGCAAAAUCAUCAUUAUAGAACAAUUAAUGUUCACAUACAGUUUAAUUUUGCUGGAAAAAAAAGAGGGAAAGUGAAUUUUAUUUUUUCAUUUAUUAAACCUGAAAUUAUUGUUGCCUUUGCUUGGAAUUAUUUUAGGUGCUUCAUACAUAAGAUAUUGUUUUAUACUAGUUUUUUUUUUAAUUGAAUUAUUUGGUUACUAGUUACAUUAUUAUUAUAUUUUAAGACAACUUUCAAACAUUCUAUAUAGGGUGGGAGUAGACUGCAAUCGAACUGUUUAAAGUCGGCUAUAGUUCAAAUGCUUUAAAUAAAAAGAAUAAAUGAUAUUGAAUUAUUUUAAAAUUAACUAGUUAAGCUGAAGUAAAUUAAUAACUCAAUGAGUAAAAUAAAAUAUAUUAGUGUAUUAUAUUGAGUAUAUUGGUAUGCACUCUAAAAAACGUUUUAUCCAUUUGCCAGAAUAGGUAAAACACAAACGGCUAAUAACUAAGUGGUAGUUAAUCACACUAAUAAUUGAAUGAAUUGAAGUAAUAGUGUACUAUUCAGAAAAAAUAGUGAACAAAAAAUCUAGUGGAUACCACAAAAUAAUGAAAGCUAAAUCGAAUUAGUUAUUAAAUAGAGUACAUAAUUGAGGUUUAUUUAACACAUGUUUAGAAAACAGACCCCACCCCCCUCCUCCACAAAAAAAAAAAAAAAAAAAAAAGCCUGCCACACAAUGAAGUAGCCUUGCAAUCAACUUGCCACCUUAUUUUAUGCCUUUUCUAUAAACAAUCCUGUUGGAUGUUACUUCAUUACAUCAGUAUGAAUUGUCAUAAUUGCCCCCUUGAGUAGCGAAGAUGAAGGAUGAACAUCGUUACUUUUUUUUCAGAGUAGCCAUUUAUUGAUCACAUUGAAGAUUUUUCUUUAAAAAUCUAGAAAAGGGGGGAAAGAUGGGAUUAUGAAAAUUCGAUAGAAGUAAAAGAUUUUAUAUAGCCAAAAUCAAUUCUGAAUUAAUUUCAUGAAAUUUCCCCCAUCUUUUUGCCUUUAUAGUGAAUUAAAAGGAACUUUUGGUAGUACUGAAUGAAAUAUGCAAAUCUUUUUUCCUUUGUUACAGCCCCAGCUUUUUACACCUCAUUGUGAUACAUUGUUCACGCUUUGAAGUUCAGCAACUUUAUGUAUAUUUGAGAUUUCAUUUGAAACGAUGUGUAUGUUUUGUUACAGGAAAAAAAAAGUUGAUUCCUGAUGUCUUUGUGCAUUGAAUUCUUCCUUGUAAAUAAUUGUGAAAAAAGAAACAACAAAAGCUUGUAUAUAUGUAAGCUUCUCAAAAUUAUAAAAUUGGAGAGAAAAAAAGGUUGUUGAGUUAAAAGUUAUGCCAUAUGUGAUUACAGAUGCAUGAACUUAGCUGACAACAGUGAAUAAAGGAAUUGUGUAGAACUUUUGUGCAAA